AUGUAUGUUUAUAAAAGAGAUGGUCGUAAAGAACCAGUAAGGUUUGAUAAAAUUACUGCUCGUAUCUCUCGUUUAUGUUACGGUUUAGAUCCAAACCAUAUUGAUCCAGUUAAAGUUACUCAACGUAUCAUCACUGGUGUCUAUGAAGGUGUCACCACCAUCGAAUUGGACAACUUGGCAGCUGAAACAGCAGCUUAUAUGACUACUGUUCAUCCAGAUUAUGCCACUUUAGCCGCUAGAUUGGCUAUUUCAAAUUUGCAUAAGCAAACUACUAAAUUAUUCUCUCAAGUAGUAGAUGAUUUGUAUCAUUACAUUAAUCCAGAAAAUAGUAAACAUGCUCCAUUGGUUUCCGAGGAAGUAUACAACAUCGUUAUGGAACAUAAAGAUGAAUUGAACUCAGCCAUCGUUUAUGAUAGAGAUUUCCAAUUUAACUAUUUCGGUUUUAAAACUUUAGAACGUUCUUACCUAUUAAGAAUGAAAGGUGAAGUUGCCGAACGUCCUCAACAUUUGAUCAUGAGAGUUGCUAUUGGUAUCCACGGUGAAGAUAUCGAAGCCGCUAUCGAAACUUAUAACUUAAUGUCUCAAAGAUAUUUCACACAUGCAUCCCCAACAUUAUUCAAUGCUGGUACUCCACAUCCACAAAUGUCAUCUUGUUUCUUAGUUGCAAUGAAAGAUGACUCUCUAGAAGGUAUCUUUGAUACUUUGAAAGAAUGUGCAAUGAUUUCAAAAACUGCAGGUGGUAUCGGUUUACAUAUUCACAAUAUUCGUGCUACUGGUUCUUACAUCGCUGGUACAAAUGGUACUUCUAAUGGUUUAAUCCCUAUGGUUCGUGUCUUCAACAACACUGCUCGUUAUGUCGACCAAGGUGGUAACAAAAGACCAGGUGCUAUGGCCCUAUAUUUGGAACCAUGGCACGCAGACAUUUUCGAUUUCAUUGAUAUCAGAAAGAACCAUGGUAAGGAAGAAAUUCGUGCAAGAGAUCUUUUCCCAGCUUUAUGGAUCCCAGAUUUAUUCAUGAAACGUGUUGAAGAAAACGGUGACUGGACUCUAUUUUCUCCAAGUGAAGCUCCUGGUUUGGAAGAAGUUUACGGUGAAGAAUUCGAAGCAUUAUACAACCGUUAUGUUGCUGAAGGUCGUGGUAGAAAGACCAUUAAGGCACAAAAAUUAUGGUAUUCUAUUUUGGAAGCUCAAACUGAAACUGGUACUCCUUUCAUGUUAUAUAAGGAUGCUUGUAAUACAAAAUCUAACCACAAGAAUUUAGGUACUAUCAAAUCAUCCAACUUAUGUUGUGAAAUUGUCGAGUACUCAGCUCCUGAUGAAACCGCAGUUUGUAAUUUGGCUUCUAUUGCUUUACCAGCAUUCAUCGAAGUCUCUGAAGAUGGAAGGAGUCAAACCUAUAACUUCAAGAAGUUACAUGAAAUUUCUAAGGUUGUCACCCGUAACUUGAACAAGGUCAUUGAUCGUAACUACUACCCCGUUGAAGAAGCUAGAAACUCUAAUUUCAGACAUAGACCAAUUGCUUUAGGUGUUCAAGGUUUAGCUGAUACUUUCAUGUUAUUACGUAUUCCAUUUGAAUCUAAGGAAGCUAAGGAAUUGAAUACCCAUAUUUUUGAAACUAUGUACCAUGCUGCUUUGGAAGCAUCUUGUGAAUUAGCUGAAAAGGAAGGUUAUUAUGAAUCCUAUCCAAAUUCUCCAGUCUCUCAAGGUGUAUUACAAUACGAUAUGUGGAACAGAAAACCAAGUGAUCUAUGGGAUUGGGCCACAUUGAAAGAACAAAUUAAGAAACAUGGUGUUAGAAACUCAUUGUUAUUGGCACCUAUGCCAACUGCCUCUACUUCUCAAAUUUUAGGUUAUAAUGAAUGUUUCGAACCAUUCACAUCUAACAUGUACCAACGUCGUGUCUUGUCAGGUGAGUUCCAAAUUGUUAACCCAUACUUAUUACGUGAUUUAGUUGAUUUAGGUAUCUGGGAUGAAUCAAUGAAGCAACAUUUGAUUACUGACAAUGGUUCCAUUCAAAACUUACCAAACAUUCCACAAGAAUUGAAAGAUUUAUACAAAACAGUUUGGGAGAUUUCUCAAAAGACAAUUAUUGAUAUGGCUACUGAUCGUUCUGCUUUUAUUGAUCAAUCACAUUCCAUGAAUAUCCACAUUCGUGCUCCAACUAUGGGAAAACUAACAAGUAUGCAUUUCUACGGUUGGAAGAAGGGUCUAAAGACUGGUAUGUACUACUUGAGAACUCAAGCUGCUUCUGCUGCUAUUCAGUUUACCAUCGAUAAAUCUGUUGCUGACCAAGCUGCCAAGUCUACAGCCGAUCUAGAAAACUUAAAACGUCCAACAUACUACCCUCGUGAAUUCAUUGAAGGUGAUUAUGUUUCUCAAAAGGAGGUUACACCUAAAGUUUCAAUAACAGAAACUGCAGAAUCUGCCGAUACAACCUUAGUUACUGAAAUGGGUUCUUUAACUAUUGAGAAAUCAGAGACUAUUGUAACUGAGGUAAAAACCGAAACUAUUGCUGUCGUAGAAACCACCGAAACCAAAGAAACUACCGAAUUUGAUAUUUUUAAUUCUAAGGUUAUUGCCUGUGCCAUCGACAAUCCAGAAGCAUGUGAAAUGUGCUCUGGUUAA